UAUCAGUACCAGUUCCAUGAGAAGGAAGGUUCCACUUCACCAACUAUGGAUUCUUCUUUAAACUUCAACUACGACUGUGGUAACAAUGUCUGUGAAAAGAGUGAGGUCAAGUUUGGAGCCGAUUUCUCAGUGCUCUUUUCUAUCGUCAUCUCUCUGAGUCUGAUAGGAAACAUCCUCGUCCUUGUGAUCUUGGCUUUGUAUGAAAACCUGAAAUCUUUGACCAACAUCUUCAUCUUAAACUUGGCCAUCUCUGACCUCGUCUUCACCAGUGGUCUCCCCUUCUGGGUCAUCAGCCAUGUCUGGGGAUUGGUGUUUCCAGAUAUUGUCUACAAGUUUCUGACUUUUGUUCUUUUCAUUGGGUUUUACAGCAACAUCUUCUUCCUCACCAUCAUGUCCGGCGUCUACAGGUAUUUGACUGACGUCCAUCUGUUCAGAAAGAGUCAUUUGGGUUUUCUGUCUCUCUCUGUAUGGAUGAUCAGUAUUGCACCAGCAAGACUCCACACCUACCCAAUUGGUACACAGAACAUGAACCUAGAGCUUGCAUUUCAUGUGAGUCAGCAGCUUGCUUUCUCCAGUUGCUGCUGGAAGCCUGUGGUUUAUGCAAUUAUUAAUGAAAAGUUCAGAAGCAACUUGAUGUCAUUACUGCUUAAAAUCUGCAGGAGAAAAAACCCAGUUAAUGAAGAAGAGGUUAGAGUGCAAAACCCUUCUCAGCCUCCAUAA